GCCAGCGGUACACACCACCAGGAGCAGGGGCAUGGAGCACAGUGAGGGGGCUCCCGGAGACCCAGCUGGUACUGUGGUGCCCCAAGAGCUGCUGGAAGAGAUGCUUUGGUUUUUUCGUGUGGAAAAUGCAUCUCCCUGGAAUUACUCCAUCCUUGCCCUGGCGGCUGUGGUGGUCAUGAUAAGCAUGUUCCUCCUGGGAAGGAGCAUCCAGGCAAGCAGAAAACAAAAGAUGCAACCACCAGAAAAAGAAAAUCCAGAAGUCCUGCAUUUGGAUGAGGCCAGAACCAAGGAUCACAACAGCCUAAACAACCUAAGAGAGACUUUGCUCUCAGAAAAGCCAAAUUCGGCCCAGGUGGAACUUGAGUUAAAAAAGAGAGAUGUGCUGUCAGUUUUCCUUCCAGAUAUACCAGAAACUGAGAGCUAGUGAGGGUUCAGAGAAGUCCCACUCUAAGCCAGCCACA